UCCCCUUCCAACAUUCCACCUGCUUCACAGCCAAUAGACGGGAACGCGUCCUGGUGAGCUGGACUACAGAAAGAACAUGCCGCGACGGAAACGUCAAAACAAAAAGCCAUUCAAGUCUGCAUCAGAAGACCUGACAAGAAUAAUGGAAAAUGUCGAGUUUCAGUCGGAUGAUGUGGAGGGGGAGAGAGAGGACGGGAGAGUAAAGAGAGAGGGGAGGCAGUGGGAGACAGAACCAGGGACAAGAGGCACUCCGAUGAGUGAGUGUGAGCGCGUUAGCCUGGUAAAACAGAACGGUCCCACUCUGAAGACGUCCAAACAAGUUCACAUCGUCUUCCUCCCCGACAGAUACACAACUCUCAUAGAGGUGGAGGACAGCGAGGGAAGAGAGGAGGAGGAGAGGAAAAAAGAGGCGAAGGAGAAGAGAAAAAAGGAGAAACACAAGAAGUACAGAAAGAACGUCGGGAAGGCUCUGCGGUUCGGCUGGCGAUGUCUGGUUGCCGGGUUACAGAGCUUAGCGAGCGGCUAUGCUACACCCCUUUCGGCUGCAGCCACGUUGGUGACCGACGUCCACAGAACUCACCGCUAGGCAUGAUGGGACGGAGGACUAAUAUCUGGGACUAGACACAUACAGUCUCAACUGCAUUUUAUGUCAUUAUUUCAGACUGCUUAACCGUUACCUAAUACCGUAUGUGAUUCUAGUGGUUAAAUCAGGCGGUUGGUUAUGUAAUGUUUCCUUCUCCUGUUUAGUUUUACUCUGCUAGCAUUGUCACAUUUGAAUAAUAUUUUUAUGUUUCACGUUGAAUGUUUUGAUGUUUACUGGUUUUUGUUCUUUGUUUUGAUGUUUACUGGUUUUUGUUCUUUGUUUUGAUGUUUACUGGUCUUUGUUUUGAUGUUUACUGGUCUUUGUUUUGAUGUUUACUGGUCUUUGUUUUGAUGUUUACUGGUCUUUAUUUCGAUGUUUUCUAUCUGAAAAGGAAGUAAAGAAAGUGCCGGGGGAAGAAAGAGUAGGAAUGAGAAAGUACAGCACGAUAGAAUGUAAAGAGGAUGGAAACAGAAAUGGAUAUAGAAUUGAAAAGAGGAAAAAGUAUGACGGGUGAAGGUUUGAGAUGCGGAGAUGAGUUGACAGGCCUUCAUAAAAGUGUUUUUCUCCGAAGCAAAGUUAACAAUUCUACAGUAUGCACCAUACAGUACUACGCACUUAACUGGUUUACCUGCUAGAUUGAGAAAGGAUUGUGACCAGGGAAAUGAACCAAAAUGCCUGUCCAGGUUCUACCAUUCCCACCGUGGUACUAACCAGGGGUGUAUCCAGCAGGUCGCAACGUUUCUGGAGUGCUCAGAACGAUCUAUGUAACUCUAACAUGCCUCAGAUAGGGAGGGCUGUAACGUAGACGCUUGGAGUCAGGAAGCAGUUGGAGAGUUUAAAUAGAAUGCAAACAAUAAACCAACACAACACCAGGAGUAGCGUCGGGACAUGGAAACAGAGUCAGUAACGCCUGAUGGGAAAUAUGAGGCUUAAAAUACAGUCAAAUGUUGCUCUGUCACAUGAUUUAAAAUACAGUAAAAUGUAGCUCUGUCACAUGAUUUAAAAUACAGUAAAAUGUUGCUCUGUCACAUGAUUUAAAAUACAGUAAAAUGUACCUCUGUCACAUGAUUUAAAAUACAGUAAAAUGUAGCUCUGUCACAUGAUUUAAAAUACAGUAAAAUGUAGCUCUGUCACAUGAUUUAAAAUACAGUAAAAUGUAGCUCUGUCACAUGAUUUAAAAUACAGUAAAAUAGUGCUCUGUCACAUGAUUUAAAAUACAGGAAAAAACCUUGCUCUUUUACAAGUGCUAUAUAUAUGGGGAGUAAUCAGGAAGGUGACAGAGUCCAGGUGUGCCUGAUGAUGAUGUGCAGGUGUGUAUAAUGAUGGGUUGGCCUGGCGGUGGUUAGUAAACCGGUGACAGCGAACACCGGAGGGGAAGAGCAGGGGUAGAGGUGACAAUGGCACUGUGUUUGGCACAAUCAUGUGACAGAGCAAUAUUUGAUCCUGUAUUUUAAAUCAUGUGACAGAGCAAUAUUUGAUCCUGUAUUUUAAAUCAUGUGACAGAGCAAUAUUUGAUCCUGUAUUUUAAAUCAUGUGACAGAGCAAUAUUUGAUCCUGUAUUUUAAAUCAUGUGACAGAGCAAUAUUUGAUCCUGUAUUUUAAAUCAUGUGACAGAGCAAUAUUUGAUCCUGUAUUUUAAAUCAUGUGACAGAGAAAUAUUUGAUCCUGUAUUUUAAAUCAUGUGACAGAGCAAUAUUUGAUCCUGUAUUUUAAAUCAUGUGACAGAGCAAUAUUUGAUCCUGUAUUUUAAAUCAUGUGACAGAGCAAUAUUUGAUCCUGUAUUUUAAAUCAUGUGACAGAGCUACAUUUUACUGUAUUUUAAGCCUUAUACAGAAACUAUGGACCAUCUGACAUGAAAACAAAGGUGGACAGUUUGAUGAAAAAGCUUUAAAUAAAAGGUUCAAAUCCA